AUGAUUUUAAAUUGCGGAAGGUGUAUUUCUAGACGCCCGUUAAUUAAUUCCCUCAGUGGAUCAAUGAAUCAUCUUAAUAAUCCAAACUUUUCUCAAAACACAGUUUUAACUAGAAAAAAAAGCACGAACAAGGAAGUUGGCGUUUAUGGAUACGAACCUUCAACAAAUCCCUGGGAAGACAAGAGCUAUAGGGCCCUGAAGAAAGAUAUGGGACACACUGGCUGGCCCAUUAUGGUUGCAUCAAGUACCACCCAACCAAUGUGGCAAAGUUACUUAUCCCAGGACUGCACUGUGAUCCCGAGGGACGGCUACGGCUGUCUUGCCACAUUCCCUCCCGAAGUUUCCACAAAGAUACUACACACAUUCAGGCUUCCGCCUCAGUUUUACCCGUUUCUUAAAAAACUCGGUGAUGACACUCCUUCCCUAAAGCCUUACAUGGAUAAGCUUAUUAUGGGUGUUUUCACAAACCAGGACUAUGAGGAGAUGUUUUACAAAUUCGCAAAGCCCUUGAAGAUUUAUCGCAAGUUAAUUCCAAAGCCGUACCGUACUCCUGAGGAGCAGGCUAAGGAGGCCGAAGUUUCCUGGGAGUCCUCGUGGUUAAGUUACCGCCAGAAGGUCGCUGCAGAGUACAACAUAAGUGCUGGACUCCGUGAGUAUCUCCUUGGAAUGCUUAUCGCUUUCUACUUUGCAUACUUGUGGGCAGAUAUGCACAAACAAUACCGUCUUGACAUGAGACUUUUCUACCAUGAGGCCCCUGAACACAAAAUCAACUGGGUGAAUCCCAGGGGCGACCUUCUAUAA